UGCGGAACUGGGGGGCCGCUGAGGGAAAGGAAAGCGAGCGGCGGGGACCCUGCGGGCCUCCGGCGUCGUCCCUGCGAGGCUCCUGGUCCAUUAACAUCAGUCUACCGGCCAAGACAAGCUUGCCUUGAAGAGAUGAGUAAAUAAGGGACCCACAUUUCAUCUGUUAAAUUUUGGCAUAAGCUGGGCAAACCUUGGCUUGAGUCACACCAAAGGUAGAAGGGAAAGCAGCUGCUUUGUGGAGGCCCUCAUUCUUAAAAGGAGGAUUUCACUAUCGGCUAGAAGAAAAUGGGCAACGUGGAAAGCAACAGCUCUUACCAGAACUAUUUCUCCAGGUUUCUUUGUGAUGAGCAAGUGGACAUUGACCGUGUUUUCAGGGCCUUAUCUGGAGCAGAUGAGGCCAUCGCUGUAAAGACGGGGAAAGUGGCCCAGACUGGUGUGACGCUUGAAGCGCUCCAGGCCUACUUCAAGGAAGCUGUCCCUCAGUCGAUGGUUACGAGGCUGUACAGCGGGAUGAAGAGCAUCCAGGUGACACACAAGUCCCCAGAGCCCAGCACCCUGGUGGUGAAGGAGCAGUUUGUUGUCUUCCUGUCAGCACUCUUCAAGGGCAAUGCCCAGGAGAAAAGUGGCAUUGUCAUGAAGAUGAUCUCAGAUGCUCAGGAGACUGUCAAGGGAAGCCAGAUCCUAGAGUUUGCAGGGGAUCUGGUUGGCUCUGUGGUUCACGUCCUAAACUACAGGAAGGAGCUGAAAGGUUGGAAUCCGAAGAACAUGCCUAAUUCCGUAGCUGGGAUAAAAGCUUUGGCUUCUCAGCUGGCAUCUGAACUGAAACCGGCAGAGGGGAAGAAGAUGGAGGUAGCGCCUGCCCUGGAUGCCCUCUGCGACCGAAGCAGCGUCGAGGACUGGCUUUUCCGAGUCCCGCAGAUCCCUGCCUUUCUCAACGUGGUCGUCCAGCAGGGCCUGCUUGUCCUGCAGUCUCUCCCAGACGCAGCUGGGGGGAUCCUCCACCUGCUCCCAGAAUGCCGAGGUGUGCGAGGGGGCCGUUUCGUCAGCCUUCUUGACAUCCCCUCCAUCAUGUACCUCAAUGCCCACCUCCCCCCGGAACUGCAGCACCGUUGGCAGCUCCUCUUUGCCUCCGGGGUUCACGGGGAGAGCUUCACGCAGCUGUGCGGCCAUAUUGUGAACAAAGGGCCCUGCCUUCUGGUUCUGAAGGACACCGACGGCUACGUCUUCGGCGGGUUUUCCUCAUGCUCCUGGGAGGUGAAGCCACAGUUUCAAGGAAACAAUGCGUGUUUUCUGUUUUCCGUUUCUCCCUCACUUGCUGUGUUUACCUGCACUGGCUACAAUAACCACUACAUGUACCUCAAUCACGGGCAGCAGACCAUGCCGAAUGGACUUGGCAUGGGAGGCCAGCUUGAAUACUUUGGGCUCUGGCUGGACAGCAACUAUGGGAAAGGCCACAGCAAAGCAAAGCCUCGGUGCAGCACGUACAACAGCCCUCAGCUGUCUGCCAAGGAGAACUUCGUGCUGGAUUCCCUGGAGGUGUGGGCUUUGGGAGACCCCCCUGAAGCUGACGGGGGAAAAGGCCAGAGGAGCGUCUUAGACGUUGACCCAGGGGCCCAAGCUUUGCUAGAGAUGAUCGGGAGAAGCCGCCAGAGCGAUGGGUUUCGGGUACCAGUGGAUGAUGAAGGCAACUGAGAUCGCAUCCUAGAAGUCUUUUCCCAAGUCUGACCAGUGUUUUGCUAGAACACUUUCUCUUUUCCACCCGUCAGUAUAAAGUAUCCAAUCUCUUCAGAGUGAUGAUGUUCCCUGAAAUAACAAUUUGCUUGUCUUUGCGAACUUCGGACGUGUUACCUGUGGGAGUUAUUUCCAGGGAUUGGGCAUGUAUCGUACUAAAUUCAGGACACU